AUGUUUAACGCAAAUGAAGAGGAUACGCAUACUAUAUCUAUAUUACAAAAAGAACUUGAUACCCUGACUAGGGAAACAGAAUGGUUACUGAAUUCUCAAAUUCCCAACGUGGUGUUGGACUUAAAAAGGGGACUAAAAGUAAAUAAUCCUGAUAAUACAAAUAAAAAUCUAGAUUCUGAGUUCUCAGGAAAUUCCACUUUAGCAAUAUCUUCUAAUAAUAAUGACUCGCUCAAAGGAUACGUCACCUUAAAUGGAAGCGAGAUAAUCAAAGGGGAAUUGCAAAUAAAAUUGCAUAAUUAUAAUCGGGGAAAUUUAAUCAAAUUCUCAAUUAGUCCACUAAAACCCUUUUUCGUUGAACAGAUUGGUGAUGCACAAAAUUAUAUUAAAGUAGCAUUGGACACACUUGAUUCCACUCAUGAGCCUUUUACAAAGCUAAGCGCGAUUGAGAUGUUUGAAACUACGUUAAAAUACAUCACAAAUAGCAGGAAUGCAUUUAUAAACAUAAAUGAAGAAAAGAACUUUCCAUACAAAACAUGUGAUGCUCAGAUGUUUGAUUCAUCACUUCCCGAGGGCAUUGCAAUAGAUUUCCGCAUAGAAGGUUUCGAAAUCGUUACUUCUGUAUAUGCUUUUCAGUUUCAAGCAGGGGCCACUACGACACCGACUACCACUAAACUUGUUCAACUUGGCGGGAUAUUGGGUACACAUAAGCAACCACAUAAAUUAUGUAAAUAUAAAGAUAAACUUACGACUAUUUUAGAUGAAAUAAUGGUGAAGUCGUUAGAUCCACGAUUAGAAGAGAAUGCUAUCGAACGAGGAUGGUAUAGUUGGUGGGAGACAAAAGGAUUUUUUGAAAAAUCGAAUAUAACUAAUUCCGAUGUAUCGGAUAACUUUGUCAUGAUUACGCCUCCACCUAAUGUGACCGGAAAUUUACAUAUAGGACAUGCGUUGACAUUUAGUAUACAAGAUGCCAUUGUGCGAUGGUGUCGUAUGUCCGGAUACCCUACAUCUUGGAUACCUGGGACUGAUCAUGCUGGCAUAGGUACUCAAUCGGUAGUUGAACAAAAACUGUUUAAAGAGAAAAAG